CUCUCUCACUCUCUCACUCUCACUCACUCACUCUCUAUCUCACUCACUCACUCACUCUCUCUCUCUCUUUCUCUCAAUCCCUCCUCCUCCCCAAUUCUUCUCAUUCUUUUUCCUUCACUCCACCAAACCUUAGCUCAUCUUUCACUGAUCGGCACUAUCCUUUUCUUCAAGAGCGUGUACUCAAUCAUAACCCGGCAACACGACUCUCUCGUUUCGUCUGCCUCUUUCCCCAACAAUGUCCACUCGUGAAUGGUGGGCGAUCAAGCUCAGAGAAUCGGAUCAAUUGAAACACACCAUUGCAGGAGCAGGCGCUGGACUGGUCACCUCAGUGGUGACCUGCCCGCUGGAUGUCGUCAAGACGCGAUUGCAGAACCAGGGCGUGAUCAGUCCAGCCAGAAAGUCAUACAAGGGAACAGCAGGAACCCUGACCAGGAUCUGGACAGAGGAGGGCAUCCGAGGUCUAUACAGAGGACUAGGGCCUACGAUAUUUGGAUAUUUGCCAACUUGGGCUAUCUACUUUACGGCAUAUGACUACUUUAAGGAUUUAGUCGCACGGCAGACUGGGCACCACGAAUCCAAUCUUUUUGUAUAUAUUGUUGCCGCAAUGUCGGCCGGAGCCACAAGCACUACAAUUACGAACCCACUCUGGGUGAUCAAGACGCGUUUCAUGACCCAGAGUGAUCAUACCCCAUAUCGUUACAACAACACGCUCCAUGCAUUUACAACUAUCUACAAGCAUGAAGGACUUCGCGGAUUCUACAAGGGACUCGGAUCGUCUUUAAUGGGCAUCUCGCACGUGGCACUGCAGUUUCCACUCUAUGAAAAACUUAGGCAAUGGCUGAAGGCACAGGAUUCCGAUCAAGUGAGCAGCACCAAUAUUCUCAUCGCCUCCUCGACCUCCAAAAUGGCAGCUAGUAUCGCUACUUACCCGCACGAGGUCAUUAGAACACGGCUUCAGAAUCAAUCGACCUACCCACCAAAGUACCACGGCAUCAUCCAUGCAUGCAAAGUCAUCUACCGGGAGGAAGGUAUUCGAGCCUUUUACAAGGGCAUGCCGACAAACCUGCUCAGGACAGUCCCUGCGAGUGCGCUGACUAUCUUAACAUAUGAGCUGCUCGUUAGCCGUCUGAACGACAUUGCAAAGCCGGCGUAGACUUCAAUCAAGGAAAGACAAAUGGCUGUUUAUUCGUCUCGCGAACGCUUUUAUGCCCCAUGUCCCCGCCCGCCCUAUCCUAUUCUCCUAUUCUCCUAUUUCUCCCAUUCCAACCAACCAAAUAAAAAACAUUUGCCAC